AUGGUCAUUCCUUGCAUCCUCUUGGUUUUCUUCCGAGCCCUCUCUGUCGCUGCCGUGGCAGCAGCGGCAGCAAUCCCAGACCAGCCGAACCUCGGCUCUGAAGGGACUUUCUCGCUGUCUGUUGCAGAGACAUCUCACCAAUCAAGAGGCUUUUUGAAGGACUGGGCAGCUGCUCGACAGAAAUGGGGCAAAGGCAUCCCGAAGGAUGUGGCUACCGCCUUUUCCCUCCUUGACAACAACGGCCGGGUAGAUGUCCAACCGCUGGGCAGCGAUGAUGUUUUCAUCGCUGAUCUUGAAAUCGGCAACCCGCCGCAAGUGGUCAAGAUUGCCCUAGACACGGGCUCCUCAGACUUGUGGCUACAAUCGAGCGAUACGACAUACUUUUACAAUCGAAAGGGUCCCUGGGCUCCCCGGUACCACCCCAACAUGUCCAGAACCUCUAACAUCCUCAAAGAUGCCCAAUGGAAUGUCAAAUACAUGGACGGCACUGCAGCCAACGGUAUAGUUUACCUUGAUACGGUUCGCCUGGGCGGCUUCGAAGUCCGCAACGCAACGAUCCAGUCCGCCCUGACGGUGGCCUCCCGCUUCGAGCGCGAGACGGGCCUCAGCGGCAUCAUGGGCCUCGCCAAGAGCCUCCCCAGCAGCAUCGCGCCCCCGUCCAAGACCUUCCUGGACCUCCUCCGCCCGCAGCUCCAGUCCCCCGUCUUCACCGCCGACCUCCGGCUCAACGCGACGGGGCGGUUCGACUUUGGGCGCGUCAACGAGAGCGCAGUCCUCGGCAACGUGACCUGGCUCGACACCAGCCGGGCCAGCGACCACUGGGACGUCGGGCUCAACCUCAUGUCGUGGGAGGGCAGCAACUGGUGGCUCCACGACUUCGCCGCCACCGUCGACACGGGCACCACGCUCACCUUCCUCCCGGACGUCCUGGCCAGGAUGUACUGGAGCGACGUCCCCGGGAUGCGCGUCGACCCGCUGCUCUCCGACGCCUUCACCUUCCCCUGCGACGGCGCCGACCGGCUGCCAGACCUCCGCUUCAAGCUGCCCGGGACCGAGCACGUCCUCAACAUCCCGGGGCCGUACCUCAACUACGGCCCCAUCGCCGGUGACGACACUUACUGCUGGGGGGGCAUGCAGAGCGCCGACGACCUCGAGUCCACCAUCAUUGGCGGCACGGUGCUCAAGGCUCUGUUCGUCGCGUUCGAUUUGGAGACGAAGAGGGUCGGGUUUGCCAACAAGCGGCUCUGA